AUGCUAACAGAUGAAGAGAUCUCGGAUGAUGAAAAUAUAAUUGAUUGCGAAUCAGGUAAUGAUUUUAGUUUACCCUAUGUUGAUGAAGUUGCCGAAUCGAUGGAAAAUAAUCCCUUCGACGACUAUUUAGUAGUUUUGGAUACUGACGACAACACUUUAAUUUCUCCGAAUAGUACAGACAAACUUUUUAAACUUAAUCCAUUGAUUGAUUAUUGUACUGAAAAAUUUUCAAAAUCAUAUUAUGGCACGAGGGAAUUAUCAAUAGACGAGUCUAUGAUAGUUUUUAAGGGAAGAAGUAAAGAUGAACAAGUGUCUGACGAAUUCAAACAUUUUGGUCUUGGAGAAAGAAUCGUACUGGAACUGUCUAAAAAAAAACUUAAACUCGAAGGUUGUUUAGCUUAUGGCGCUAUUCGACCAAAUCGUAAAGGUUUACCAAAAUUGGCUGAUGAUACAAAAUCUAAAAGGGGAACUUAUGACUACCGCAUAUCUGAUUUAGGUAUUAGUGUCUUUAAGUGGAAAGACACAAAAACUGUUCAUUUUGCAUCAAAUUAUCAUGGAUCUGAGGUAACAACAGUUUUACGUAAAAACAAAACUGCGGAAAAAAAUAAUGUCACAUGUCCGCAAGUUGUCAAAGACUACAAUCGUUUUAUGGGUGGCGUAGAUCACGCAGAUCAAUUGCGCAUGUCGUAUGGAGUAGAUCGGAAGUCAAAAAAAUGGUGGCACAGAUUAUUUUGGGGUAUUCUAGAUAUAAUGUUCAUAAACGCAUUCGUAAUUUAUAAGGAACGGCAUAAAAAAAUACCACUUUUGGUAUUUCGGCGUCAAGUUGUACACGGCCUUUUAUCUGAAAAAGAAGUUAUUACUCCGUCCCGAGCACAUUUAUUUCAAAAACGUAAGAAUACAGAAAACACUGAAGUACCGAAAAAAAGAAGAGGAAAACCGCUAUCAGUUUCUAAAGACGUCAGGUUGCAUAAUCGAGGAAUUCAUUGGCUAAAAUUCACUUAA